UUGAAAAUUUACAUGGCGAAACAAGUGGAAAAUGCAGUGAUAGGUGGCUUAACGAUAAAGAAUUGGCGGCUGCCCAAUUGCAUGUUCUCUUAAAUUGCAUUGAGGUUAAGCAAUUGAUUGAGUAAGUAUUAAUAUAUUAAAUAUAUCUCCAUUAUUCAACGAACAACAACAUCUAAUUUUUUUAAAAUAUCAUGUAUAGGAUGUAUGUACAAAGUUUGAAAAGUAUAUAUGGAGAUCUCAAUGACAAUGUCAUUGAUACACAAAUAGAAGUUGACUUUCCGCGAUGGUUUCAAGAAUAUGUGACAAAGAAUCACAAACUUAGGAUGCAAAACCCUGACUUGUAUGACUUGGCAAGAGGACCCUUGAGACUAGCAAAGUCAUGGCCUAUUUAUCAUGUGAAUGGAUACCAAUUCAACACAACUUCUUGGGGUGAAGGCAAAAUAACAUAUAAUAGUGGAGUAUGUGUUAAGGGAAUUGGUCAAGGUGAAACCUCAAGUGAUUAUUAUGGUGUUGUUUCCGAGAUUCUAGAAUUUGAAUGGCGAAGUCAAGCAACACGAAAGCUAAUUUUAUUUUACUGUGAUUGGUUCGACCCUUCAAGUCGUGGAAUGAGGAUACAUAAUCAAUACAAGAUUGUAGAAGUACGAAAAGGGAGAAAAUACGGUAAAUUUGAUCCUUUUAUUUUUCCAAAAUCUGCAACUCAAGUUUACUAUUCACCUUAUCCUGGGCGCCAAAAAGUUGAUUGGUUGGUAGUUAUGAAGACAAAGCCGAGAGGGGUUGUUGAUGAUAGACAUACUUUAGAAGUUGCUUUUCAAGUGCAAGAAUCAGAAGUUAAUGCAACAAUUGAAGAUGACCCAAUUGAUAACUUACAAGAUGAUUCAGUUUAUGGUGAAGAAGUUGAUUUGCAUAUGAUGCAAGAUGAUGAGGAUGAAGAAGAUGAUUUCAGUGACGAUGGUGAAGAUGAAGAUCAAGAGGAUGAUGAUUCUAUUGAAUAGUAUUUGUUAGCUCUUUAUUGAUAAUGUGUUUGAUUUAACAUACGUAGUAUUCAAAAAGGAAUUGGUAGAUUUAACAAAAGAUUCUUAACCAAACUGUUGUAAUCAGCAAUUGCUUGUCUAUUUUUCUCAAUACUUUGAACUUUAUUCAUUUGUGCUAAUGAUCUUCCAAUGGUUUCACAGAUUUUGCUAGCAGAUAAUUUGAAACAUUACUAGCGACUGAAGCUGACAUGUUAAUUAGAACAAGAAAAUAAUAAUAUGUUUUUGGUUCUUUAUAUGGUUUUGAUGCAAAUGAUGAUGUCUUGUUCUUUGGUUGCUUG